GACACUCGCUCUGGUCUUUACAGAUAUCGAAGGAAGACGGUGAAAAUAGCCUGGAUUUAAAUAAUAAGUAAAAUAUCGCUCUUCUAUUUGUUGAGGAUAAAAGGAAUAUUUCUGUUGGAUAUAUUAUUUGUUGGCUAUGGCAUUGGGAGGAUUCCUUCAACCUAAAUACUUAAGAUGGCGUUUGUGUUGUGGACUGCGGUGGCAAGUACUUAUUUUCCUCCUGUAUUUCAGUCAUAUUGUCAGUGGUCAAAUCCGCUAUUCCAUUCCGGAGGAGAUGAAGAAAGGUUCUCUUAUCGGUAACGUAGCUCAAGACCUGGGGUUAGAUUUGAAAAGGCUCAGAGCGGGUCGGGCCCGUAUCGUGACCGGAGAAAGCAUUCAGUACACAGAGCUGAAGACAGACAAAGGGGUUCUAGUCGUGAGUGAGAGAAUAGACCGAGAGCAGCUUUGUGGCGACGUCACACCGUGUAGCUUCAGCUUCGAAAUUAUUCUAGAAAAUCCAAUGGAGCUUCAUCACGUUACAAUAGAAAUCCUGGACAUUAACGACAAUUCUCCAAUAUUUAAGAAAAAUAAUAUACAUUUAGAAAUCAGUGAAUCCGCUGUUAUUGGUGCGCGUUUUGCGUUAGCCAGUGCAGAGGACUCUGAUGUAGGAUCUAAUGGCCUACAGGAGUAUGUUUUAAGUUCAAACGAUAAUUUCAUUCUAAAACAACAUCCAAAUGCCGAUGGAAGAAAAUAUGCUGAGAUGGUCCUCCAGCAACCGUUAGAUAGAGAAAAGCAUCCUCGUCUCUCUUUAAAGCUAAUCGCUGUAGACGGUGGAAAUCCGCAGAGAUCUGGCACAGUAAAUAUAGAUAUCACUGUCCUAGAUGCCAAUGACAAUGCGCCUGUGUUUAACCAGUCAUUGUACAUGGCUACUGUGAUGGAAAACGCACCGAAAGGCACAUAUAUUACCAUCGUAAAUGCCAGUGAUGCAGACAGCGGGACGAAUAGUUUUAUUGUAUACUCUAUUUCAGACAUGAAUGGUGGUCUUGCUGAUGUGUUGACUAUCAAUGAAACCACAGGCAGAAUAUCCGUUUCAGGGUUGAUUGAUUACGAAAAAGAGAAAAGGUUUGAACUGAGAAUUGAAGCAAAGGACCAUGGAGGCUUAACGGAUUCGAGUAAAGUUAUUGUUGAGGUCAUUGACAAAAACGAUAAUGAGCCUGUUAUAAGCGUCAUGUCAUUCACGAGUCCGAUUUCUGAAGACUCUCCUCCGGGUACAACCAUCGGUAUCAUCAACGUUAAAGACCUUGAUUCAGGUGAAAACGGACAUGUGAGCUGUAGCCUAGACCAAAACAUCCCCUUUAAGAUAAAAUCUAAUUUAAGAAAUUACUACACCUUGGUAACCGAUGCUGUUUUAGACCGCGAGAGCGUGUCAGAACAUAACAUAACUGUAGUCGCCACGGACGCAGGGUCGCCUCCUCUCUCAAGUAAGAGAACAUUUCACCUGAAGGUGUCAGAUGUCAACGACAAUGCCCCAGUGUUUCCACGGGGCGUGUACAACUCUUAUAUCGCAGAGAAUAACUCUCCAGGCGUCUCUAUAUUUACUGUUAGAGCUAAAGACACCGACUCCAAUCAAAAUUCCCGUAUUUACUACAUUCUGGAGGAUACUGACGUCAACGGGACUCCUGUGGCUGCUUAUGUUUCGGUAAAUGCAGAGAGUGGGGUUAUACACGCGGUACGCUCCUUUGAUUACGAACAAAUCAAAGAGCUUACACUCACGGUUAUGGCGCAAGACGGAGGCUCUUCUCCUCUCAGUAGCAAUGUGACUGUGAAAUUAAUGAUCCAGGACCAAAAUGACAACGCGCCUCAGGUUCUGUACCCAGUCCAGACUAGCAGCUCUCUGGUGUCUGAAAUGGUGCCUCGUUCAGCAGAAGUGGGCUAUCUUGUCACUAAAGUGGUGGCUGUUGAUGUGGACUCUGGACAGAAUGCCUGGCUCUCGUAUAAACUGCAGAAAGCGACAGAAAGGGCGCUGUUUGAAGUGGGCUUACAGAAUGGAGAAAUAAGAACUAUACGCCAAGUCAAUGAUAAAGAUGCUGUGAAACAAAGGCUCACUGUUGUAGUGGAGGACAACGGGCAGCCCUCUCGUUCAGCUACAGUCAAUGUUAACGUGGCGGUGGCGGACAGCUUCCCUGAGGUGCUCUCGGAGUUCACUGACUUUACGCACGACAAGGAGUACAAUGACAACCUGACUUUUUACUUAGUCUUGGCUUUGGCUGUAGUCUCAUUUCUGUUCAUCACAUGUUUAGUGGUUAUUAUAUCAGUGAAAAUAUACAGAUGGAGACAGUCUCGCGUCCUCUAUCAUUCCAGUCUCCCGGUUAUUCCGUAUUAUCCACCGCGUUACGCAGACACUUUGGGGACAGGAACUCUACAGCACGUGUACAAUUACGAGGUGUGCAGGACGACUGACUCCAGAAAGAGUGACUGUAAGUUCGUCAGACCCUAUAGUCAGAACGUACUGAUAAUGGACCCCAGUUCUACAGGGACGAUGCAGCGGAUGCAGAGUGAAAAUAAUAUCCUGGAUGAACCAGAUUCGCCACUAGAGGUGAGUUUAUUGGAUCUUACAUUAUAUUGCUCAGUUGGUUGA